AAAAAGAAACUGACUUUCAAUGGGCUGAGAAGAUCAUUUUUUAAUUUAGAUUUCAUAAAAAUGAACCCCCUUUUCAAUGUUACAGUACGUAAAGAUUGCUCAAGAAUCCUUGUAACUCUGUGUUGUUUUUUUUUUUCCCUUCAUUAAGAAAACUCAAAUUAUUUAUUUCCCUUCCAUAUGAAAAAUUGAAGAGGCUAAGAAAGACACACGACCAUACAGAAUACUCAUUUUAACUGCUUGGAUGACAAGUCCAUUGAAAUGAACUGGCAAAUGCUGCCAAGGGUACAAGAACUCAAACUAACUAUUUCUGAAUGGAGUGUGAAUGCUGCAGGGGGGGAAGCCAUUAUUAAAUGGCAUUUUCUGUUUCAAAAAAAGAAAGAAAAAAUGAAAGAAAUACCCCAUUCCCAGGAGAGUCCCUGGUGCUGGCCAAUCAGAAAUUAUCCUACCUCAUGUCACCAGCCCCUUGCAUUUAUAUCUUUUAGGGUGACAUACUAUUGGUUGCUAGUUAGGCUCUAUGGGAGGGAUUAGUGGCACUCUUUGUGGCUUCCCCUUUAGGUCCUUAUUUGGUAGCUGUUGAUAGAGCAAGUCUUUCCAGCAGCUGAGCAUCUUGACAUACAUUAUUCAUUAAGUCCUGGUGUUCAGGAAAUAUGCAUAUCCCUAGCUCUUCUGAUAUUUCUUCAACUCAUUCAAUAUGUCUCUUCAACAUUGCCUGUGAGUGCUUGGAAUUUUACAAAUGGCAUUUUUACAAUCAGAAGACUACACAGUUGGAUUUCAUUUCAGAGUACCUCCUGUGCACACAGUUGCUGAGAACCUGAAGAUCAGCAAAAAGAAUUAGGAGAGAAGGCAUCUUUCUUCCUGAAAGUCUUUUGCGGUAUCAGAUAGCAAAGAACUGAACAGCUUAGAUUUGGUAGUAUAGAAAAAAAAAAAUCAAAAAUGCCUGAGGCAAACUAUUUACUCUCAGUUUCUUGGGGCUACAUAAAGUUUAAACGUAUGCUCAACCGGGAGCUUACUCACCUGUCUGAAAUGAGCAGAUCAGGCAACCAGGUCUCGGAAUACAUAUCGAACACAUUUUUAGAUAAACAACAUGAAGUCGAAAUCCCUUCUCCGACACAAAAAGAGAAAGAGAAAAAGAAGAGACCAAUGUCUCAGAUCAGCGGAGUCAAAAAACUGAUGCACAGCUCCAGUUUAACCAAUUCCAGUAUUCCCAGGUUUGGAGUUAAAACAGACCAAGAAGAUGUUCUUGCCAAGGAACUAGAAGAUGUGAACAAAUGGGGCCUUCAGGUUUUCAGGGUAGCCGAGCUAUCUGGAAACAGACCUUUGACAGUCAUCAUGCACACCGUUUUUCAGGAACGAGAUCUGUUAAAAACAUUUAAAAUUCCAGUGGAUACUUUAAUAACUUACCUGAUGACCCUAGAAGACCACUACCAUGCAGAUGUAGCAUAUCACAAUAACAUACACGCUGCAGAUGUUGUUCAGUCAACCCAUGUUCUGCUGUCAACCCCAGCAUUGGAGGCUGUGUUCACUGAUUUGGAGAUUCUUGCAGCAAUUUUUGCCAGUGCAAUACAUGAUGUAGAUCAUCCUGGGGUUUCAAACCAGUUUCUUAUCAACACAAAUUCUGAACUUGCUUUGAUGUACAAUGACUCAUCAGUACUGGAGAAUCAUCACUUAGCUGUGGGUUUCAAGCUGCUCCAGGAAGAAAAUUGUGACAUUUUCCAGAAUUUGACCAAAAAACAGAGGCAGUCAUUAAGGAAAAUGGUCAUUGACAUUGUCCUUGCUACAGACAUGUCUAAGCAUAUGAAUCUUUUGGCUGAUUUAAAAACUAUGGUUGAAACCAAGAAAGUGACAAGUUCUGGUGUCCUACUUCUUGAUAACUAUUCAGAUAGGAUUCAGGUUCUUCAGAAUAUGGUGCACUGUGCAGAUCUCAGCAAUCCAACUAAGCCACUCCAUCUCUACCGCCAAUGGACAGACAGAAUAAUGGAGGAAUUCUUCCGCCAAGGAGAUCGGGAAAGAGAGAGAGGAAUGGAGAUAAGUCCCAUGUGUGAUAAGCACAAUGCAUCUGUAGAAAAAUCACAGGUGGGCUUUAUUGACUACAUUGUUCAUCCUCUGUGGGAGACCUGGGCAGAUCUUGUUCACCCGGAUGCCCAGGAUAUCUUAGAUACACUGGAGGACAAUCGAGAAUGGUACCAGAGCACAAUUCCUCAGAGUCCCUCUCCUGCACCUGAAGACCAGGAGGAGGGUAGGAGACAGGGCCAGACUGAAAAAUUCCAGUUUGAACUAACACUGGAGGAAGAUGGUGAGUCAGACACUGAAAAGGACAGUGGAAGUCAAGUAGAAGAAGACACCAGCUGCAGUGACUCAAAGACCCUUUGCACCCAGGAUUCAGAAUCUACUGAAAUUCCUCUUGAUGAGCAAGUAGGGGAAGAAGUAGAAGAGGAGGAGAAUCAGACAGAAGCUUGUGUAGUAGACCAUUCUUCUGACACGUAACGAUGAGGACAUAGCUUGUUUCUUUCUUGCCCUCUCCCUUUUUCUUUCUCUUUCUCUCUCUCUUUUUUGUGGUUUUUUGUUUGUUGUUGUUGUUGUUGUUGUUGUUGUUAUUGUUGUUGUUGUUGUUGUUGUUGUUGUUGUUUUAAUUAGGUAAUGGUUUAAAGUGUAUGUUGUAUGCUAUCACCGUGAUCACAACUCACUGUCAUCAGCCAGGAUGUUUGUUGAUCAAAACUGACCUUGGUGACUCAGUUUGGCACUCAGGAAUAUUGUAACCAGAAUCUUCACCUUCAUUGCAUCAGAAAGCAGGGGAGAGAACAUUGAUAAACUACGUUUUAAUAAGCUCUCCAUUUCGCAAAUUUGAUUAAAUAAAGCAAAUGUUUUCACAGGAGCGCCACCUGAAUGCUGGUAUACUUUGGUAGUUUUUGAUUUUAUUUUACUUCACAAGCUAAGCAUUGGAUAAUGUUCAUCAUCAGAGGAAACAGAAAGAAAAUAAAUUGAGGUUCCUGCUGGAAAACAAAUGCACACAAACGAUGGAAUACAACAUGAAUCUGUAUAAGACGAAUCUGUCACCAAUAGGAAGAUGAGCUGUGGAAAUUACAUGAUUUUCUAACUUCAAGUCUUCCUGAUGAGUGACUGAAAGAAGUGUGACACGGUCAAAGUUUUCUCUACUUCAGCCCUCACAGGGCUUUAGCACAGAUGAUGCUGAAGGAGGAAAGAGAAAGAAGAGAACUCAUGUUUUUUCAUGUUUUGAUUUUUUUGUUCUUCAUCAUUUCUUCCCGAUCCACCUAAAAAUCUUCUCAAUCCCCAAGAGUGCCUGGAACUUUAAUAAUGGAAAAGCAAUAUAAAUUCCAAAAUAACCAGUGAAACCUGAAAAAGUUUUAUAUCUGCACAAAUUGAAAGUAAAUGAAGAAAAUAACACCAUAUUGUGAAAUAUAUACCCAUACAUACGGACAAUCACAUAACAGAAGAUGAUAUCAUUUCUUAGAGAUGGGGAUAUAAUGCACUGUACAAUCUUUUUUUUUUUCCUCUUUUGCCAAAGUGUGUUUUAGCAUUGUGCACUGCUUUAAAACAGUACAACUUACAAGUGGCUUUAUGUGUUCUGAGUAUUUUUGCCAUAAGAAAAUGCAAUGAAUUGGGUACUGAGUGCAGCAACGGGGAGGGGGGUAAGAAAAUUCACAUUGCUUAUAACAGUACGCUUUAGCUUGCAAGUUACUGUACUCAAUAAUGCUGUGUUUGAAUUUUUAACUGUUUUGUGUCAUUGUUAAAAAUUAUAAUGAAAGGAUAUAGAUAGAACAAGCAGCAUUCAGAAGUUUAAAAAACUUGAAUGAAAUGGAUUUUACAGAAAACUUUGACAAUUCUUUUAAAAUGCAUUAUUUAUUUUAUUUGUGCCAUGCAUUUUUCUCACCAAAUGACCUUACCUGUAAUACAGUCUUAUUUGUCUCUGUUUACAACUGUGUAUUUAUUGUAAUGUACAUACUGUAAUGUUAAUUGUAAAUUAUCUGUUCUUAUUAUAACAUCAUCCUUGUCUGGGUGGUGUUGCUAUAUUUGGAAACUCUUGGUGAGAGAAUGACUAUUGUGUAUACAUAUUCCUUGUACAUUUUUUUCUCCUGUAAUAUAUUCUGUGUCACCUUAGAGCUUGUUUAUGGAAGAUUCAAGAAAAGUAUAAAAUACAUAAAGAUAUAUCAAUAAAAUUAAAAAAAAAAAAAAGAAAAAAAAAAAGCUGCAGGUCUUUGGUCCCAGGGCUGUGCCUUAACUUCAAACAAUAUUUUGUUCUGUUUUGCUGCAUUUGAGGUAGCUUUGGGGAUAGGGCUGGGCAUAUUUAUCAUAUUUUCAGUUGCUAGCUGAUGUGGUUACUUGUGCAAGCUAGUUUGCAUGAUACUACAGAGAGCUUUCAUUCAUAAACAUGCUGGAAGUUGAAGCUUUUCCAGACUUCUGGCAAUAUAAUUGUAUUGCCUCUCUGAUUAUCUUUUUACAGGCUAUCAUCAGGGAUUACUGCAGCCAUUACUUGCUACUAAAAAAACAUUGAUGUUGUAUUUCAGUACUGAAUUGUGCUGAACAAGCUUUGGAAAGCAUCUCUAAUAAGCAUUUGGUUUUAAUGCAUAUUUGCAAAUGAAACAAAUGGAACUAAAUGGGGAUAGCUCAUAUACUUGUUUUUUAAAGAUCAUCUAAUACUCUUUAUUUAGUAGCACAAAUUACCACUAUAUAAGCAGAAUCAAUAAAGUAGGACAAAAGACCGCUUCAAUCUUGGAAAUGCUUUCCAACACUAAUAUUAGUGUUAUAAGCAGCCAAAGCUUUUAUUUUGUAUAGAUGUAUGUAAGGCUUUGUACAGGUGUGUAUAGCAUAAUGCACUAGAUCUAUAGGAGAAUGAUAGGCCUCUAGAUCUUUUAAUAACACUAGUAUUAGGUUUGCAGGUUGGACUCUGAGCAUCUCUUGCUGUUUGAGUAUCAUGUUGCUCCAAACUGCGUAGGACUGAUAGCAGUGGAUUUGCCAGAGUAAGGUAAAUACCUCUCCUCAUUCCAGUGAUGCCCAGCCCCUGUAGCAUGCGACCUUUUGUUAAAAGGAGUGAUUCUUUUUCAAGAGAAAACAGAGCCUCCUUUUUGACACAAACUGUAGAUUUUAGCAGCCCUGGCCCAAAGAAAAUGGAUUGCUUUUGUUUUAACAGUAUAAAAGGGACACUAUAACAACAAAAAUCCUGAACAACUUUUUGUUAUUAAUUUGGGGAUGUCUUGAGAGUGGCAACUUGUGUGAACAUUGCACAUGACAAUUCUUUCACUGGUUUCUUAGCCUCUCUUACAGCCUGUGGGAUAGUACUGUACAUCAAUACCUUCAUAUGAAAGUUUUAUAUGCAAUGGAAAUAAAGCAUGUGUUGAUUCUGCCUAGUUACCGUA